UGUCCUCAGGGAAUAACAGUCACCAUGAUGGCCACACUGAAUUUGACAAGUGUCAAUCUGGGCUCCUUCAUUUUGGUGGGGAUCCCAGGGCUGGAGCAGUUCCACGUGUGGCUUGGGAUCCCUUUCUGCGCUAUCUACCUCGCGGCCCUUGCAGGUAAUGGCAUCCUUCUCUACCUCAUCACUACAGACCGCAGCCUCCAUGAACCCAUGUUUUUCUUCCUCUCAAUGCUGGCCUCUGCAGACCUCAUUUUAUGUACCACAUGUGUCCCCAAAGCACUUGGCAUAUUCUGGUUGAAAGCUCAGGAAAUCACACUUCCCGGCUGCCUCAUUCAGUUGUUCUUUGUCCACUUCAGCUUUUUUCUGGACUCAGCUAUCUUGCUGGGCAUGGCAUUUGAUCGUUACAUGGCCAUUUGCUCCCCUUUGAGAUACACAAGCGUCUUGACACCCAGGACAAUUGUCAAGAUCAUGGUGGGCAUUGUUGGUAGGAGCUUUAGUGUAAUUUUGCCUGUUGUUUUCCUGGUGAAACGUUUGCCUUUCUGCAGGACGCAUAUCGUCCCUCACACAUACUGUGAGCAUAUAGGGCUGGCCCGCCUUGCCUGUGCUGAUAUCUCCAUCAAUAUUUGGUAUGGCUUUGCUGUGCCUCUAAUGACUGUUUUCUCAGACCUGAUCCUCAUUGGUGUUUCCUACACCCUCAUCCUUCAUGCUGUUUUCCACCUUCCCUCCAGAGAUGCCCGCCAGAAAGCCCUCAGCACUUGUGGGUCCCAUGUCUGCGUCAUUCUCAUAUUCUACAUACCAGCCAUGUUCUCUGUCCUUUGUCAUCGCUUUGGCCACAAUAUCUCUCUCACCUUUCACAUCAUGUCAGCCAACCUCUAUGUGGCAAUCCCUCCUGCACUCAAUCCCAUCAUUUAUGGUGUCAAAACAAAGCAGAUCAGGGACAAGGUCAUUCUUUUAUUCUUUCAUAAAGGGGUACAGUGACCUGGGGUUAAGAUCAUGGAGAGAAAG